UCGAAUCGCAAGGAACUAGCAGCAAAGCCAAGCUCAACACAAAACCCCAGUGAAAGUCGAAAAAGUGUACUGAAGUGAUUAAAAUGAAUCUGCUCAUGGAUAGCCUGCCGUCGCAUGCGAAUCCUGGCCAGCGUCGCUCCACGCCGCCCCAGCACGCCGAGCUGCGGAUCUCCACAUCGCCGCAACAGUCGCCGCAGCAAAAUCAGACCACCAAUCACAAUAACAAUAAUGAGACACCCACAUCGCCGGCUGGUGGAAAGACCACUCUGAAACGAGCCUUCGAUGUGGCCUUCCUAAUGAUGCCCGAUGAGCGGAUCAAGCAGAAGCAGGCAGAGAAGCAGGCCCGCCUCCAGGAGGCACUGCAGCAUCAUCACCACCAGCAGCAGCAACAGCAGCAGAUGAGCCACUAUCCCACAGAUUUGUCGCCUCGAGGAGCUUCCUCGCAACCUCCAUCGCCGGCCGCCCUGGAGUACAUAAGUCUGCUGGAGGCUCGCCAGCGAUAUCCACAGAUCAGCAUCCGUUCGCCGCGGGUCUAUGAUGAUCCCAGUGUGAUUAUACCGCUGGUGGAUUCCCCAGAGGCUCCCUCCACCUCCUCACCACCACCGCCCAUGCGGAGUGCUUUCACCAAGGUGGCCUCCUCGUCGCUGUCCACCGCCUCAUCCUCACCGUCGACCUCCACUUCCCGUCUGGAGUCACCCGUGGAUGUGGGAGCUCCUCCCCUCAGUCCCGAUCAGCUGAGCUGCCACUCGAUGAGUCCGCCGCUGGUGACGCCGCCGCCAAGAACCAAUAGCGGUGGCCAGCAGCAUCCCAGCCAGAAUCCCCUGCCGUCGAAUCCCAUUGUGUACCACAACUUUCGGCCGGAGUAUCAGUUCAACGGAGCCUUUCAGGCCGUGAAUCCCAUGCAGGCUCUGCAGGCACAGCAGCGACUCAAGCAGCAGCUGCUCUACACUCGUCCUCCAGGACCGGGAAAUCCCAAUGGCGGAGGCGGAGGACCCAUGCCAGGUAGUUCACCACCUGGCGGACCACCGGCGGAGUUUCUGCAUGGCUAUCCGGGAUUUGCUCCGCCACCCCAUCCCUUUGCAGUAUCGCAGCCUCUGCAGAAUCCCGCUGCAGCUGCCAUUCUCUCCACGCUGAUUCCACCCACUUUGGCCUCCACCUUCACACUGACCGCCCAGAAUGUGUGCGCCAAGUGCAACAUUAGCUUCCGGAUGACCAGCGAUCUGGUCUAUCACAUGCGAUCGCAUCACAAAAGCGAGGUGGCCUGCGAUCCGAAUCGCCGCAAGCGCGAGGAGAAGCUCCGAUGUCCCGUCUGCCAGGAGACUUUCAGGGAGCGACACCAUUUGACGCGACACAUGACCGCCCACCAGGACAAGGCCAGUGAUCACCAGCCGCAAAUGGAGGACUCAUCCUCGUCCUCCGCCGGCGGAGAUAACGAGAUCAUCAACGUGGUCGGCGGCACUCCGCCAGGUCGCCGAAUGGGAGGCAUGUCCAAAUGAUCGAAGCAUUUCUUCGGAUAUUUUUAAGGCCCCAGAUCUUCUCCACAAAACCCCCACCACCACCACCCAUUCGUUGCCCGUUUUCGAUUGUGAUAUUAAUUUUAGUUUCCCUCACGCUCCGAUUUAAUUUCCCCUUAGCCUUAAAUGUAGUGCAAUUCGUAUCUUAAAUAUCUGGAUCUCCCUGUAUGUCUAUUAAUUCUCUAUCUUAUUGCGGGACCCCAAAGGAUCUCGAGUUCGAUCAUUGUAAGAUAUUAUAAUUAAGUUGCAGAUCUGCUAAUAUGUUAGCAUUCAAUGUGUGGCUGAAUGUUUCAAUAAAAAUCUAA